UAGUGCACACUUGCAUGCUCUGACCAACCAAUGCGCCGGUGGUGCGCAUGGAGAUAACCUACGCCUCACCAAGUUUCUCCGACCUCGCCACCGUUGCUUCCGCUUCCGCUUCCAUGUCAUCGCCGGCGACCUCCACCUCCCGCCCCGUAAGGGUCAUCCCUUUGCAGCACCCGACCAUUACCACGUCGUCUUCGUCUUCGUCGUUGCCGAAUGUCGCGUUCUCGCGGUUCGCCACGAGGCUCCGGCGAAUGACGUGGCUUGAAUGGAUCGAAUUCUUCCUCCCUUGCUGCCGUUGGAUUCGCAUCUACAAAUGGCGCGAGUAUUUUCAGGUCGAUCUCAUGGCUGGCAUCACCGUCGGUGUCAUGCUUGUUCCUCAGUCUAUGUCAUAUGCAAAGUUAGCUGGGCUUCAACCAAUAUAUGGACUCUACGCUGGUUUUGUGCCCUUAUUUGUGUAUGCCAUAUUUGGGUCUUCUCGCCAGCUUGCAGUUGGCCCAGUAGCAUUGGUUUCUCUCUUGGUUUCUAAUGUGUUAAGUAGCAUAGCUGAUCCAUCCAGUGAAUUAUACACAGAGCUGGCAAUAUUGCUGUCUCUUAUGGUUGGGAUACUGGAGUGCAUAAUGGGACUCUUGAGGCUUGGAUGGCUGAUUCGUUUUAUUAGCCAUUCGGUGAUCUCCGGCUUUACAACUGCUUCAGCUAUUGUGAUUGGUUUAUCUCAAGCGAAAUACUUCUUGGGGUAUGAUAUUGACAGAAGUAGCAAGAUCAUACCACUGGCUAAGAGUAUAAUAGCUGGAGCAGAUAAGUUUUCAUGGCCCCCUUUUGUGAUGGGAUCAGUUACGCUUGCAAUACUACUUGUCAUGAAGCACCUGGGAAAAUCGAGGAAGCACUUGCGAUUCUUGAGAGCUUCAGGUCCUCUUACAGCAGUAGUUCUGGGAACAGUUUUUGCAAAAGUAUUUCAUCCAUCAUCAAUUUCUUUGGUGGGAGAUAUACCUCAGGGCCUACCAAAAUUUUCUGUUCCAAAAGCUUUUGAGUAUGCAGAGUCCUUAAUUCCAACCGCUUUUCUCAUAACUGGUGUGGCUAUACUGGAAUCAGUGGGAAUUGCCAAGGCAUUAGCAGCGAAGAAUGGGUAUGAGUUGGAUUCAAAUCAAGAGUUAUUCGGUCUUGGUGUUUCCAAUGUUCUUGGUUCAUUCUUUUCAGCAUACCCCACUACAGGAUCCUUUUCAAGGUCAGCUGUUAAUCAUGAAAGUGGUGCAAAAUCUGGAGUAUCUGGGAUUGUUUCAGGAAUUAUAAUGACCUGUGCUCUUUUGUUUCUAACGCCUUUAUUUGAGUACAUACCUCAGUGUACUCUUGCUGCCAUUGUGAUCUCUGCUGUGAUAGGUCUGGUAGAUUAUGAUGAGGCCAUUUUUUUGUGGCGUGUAGAUAAGAAAGAUUUUCUUCUUUGGACCAUUACUAGUGCUACAACACUCUUUCUUGGGAUUGAGAUUGGUGUAAUUGUUGGGGUUGGGGUUUCACUUGCUUUUGUCAUUCAUGAGUCAGCAAAUCCACAUAUUGCUGUUUUGGGUCGUUUGCCAGGGACAACAGUUUAUAGAAAUGUUAAACAAUAUCCUGAAGCAUAUACAUACAAUGGAAUUGUAAUUGUUCGUGUUGAUGCUCCUAUUUAUUUUGCAAACACAAGUUACAUAAAGGACAGGUUACGGGAAUUUGAAGUUGAUGUUGAUAGUUCUACAAGACGUGGACCUGAGGCCGAAAGAAUUAAUUUUGUGAUUCUAGAGAUGGCGCCUGUGACCUACAUAGACUCUAGUGCUGUUCAGGCUUUGAAAGACUUGUAUCAGGAGUACAAAUUACGGGACAUUCAGAUUGCAAUAUCCAAUCCAAGCCCCGAAGUUCUGCUAACCUUGUCUAGAUCCGGUCUGGUGGAGUUGAUAGGCAAAGAAUGGUACUUUGUGAGAGUACAUGAUGCUGUUCAAGUUUGCUUGCAGCGUGUUCAAAGCUUGAAAGGGGGAUCUAACAUUUCACAAACACCACUCUCUUUAUCUGAAGACAAAUCAAGUUUCUUAGCCCGAUUAUUGAAAGAGAGAGGGGAGAACCUAUCAAUUACAGACUUGGAGUCUGGUAUUGGCAGGUCUCCACUCUCCAGGGAUAGAGAUUCUCAACUGGAGCCAUUGUUGUCAAAAGAACAUUGAAGUUUGCUGUAAAAAAAUUGUAUUUACCCAUUCUUUCAGAUAGUUUUCUAAUGAAUUGGUGAAAACCGGUAUAAUCAAGCUUACGUGUCUAAAAAUGAUCAGUGUAGUAUUUGAUUGGCCAAUGGUUGUGAAAUG